AUGGAAGAUUUGAAGUCAGGGACCAAUUGCUGGUUAACAACGUGCACAAGGGUGCGCAAAGCAUUUGAAGAAUAUGGUUGCUUCGUAGCUGUGUAUGGUAAAGCUUCUGUUGGGCUUCAAAACGGUUUGUUCAGUUCAAUGAAGGAGCUCUUCGAUCUCUCAGCUGAAACCAAACAAAGAAACAUAUAUGAGGGCAUGCCUUUGAAAGGCUACGUUGGUCAACGCCCACACAUUCCUCUUCACGAAGGCCUGGGUAUAGAUGAGGGAACAACACUAGAGGGAAUUCAAAAUUUCGCACAAAAAAUGUGGCCAAACGGAAAUGAUCAAUUCUGGGAGAACCAAGUGAAGGAGACCAACCAGAUUCUGUCCACGCUUCAUCUUCUACACAUCCAGCCAAACGAUGCUUCAAGUGUUCCUAAUACACCUUUGGAUGCAAGAGGAUCAUCUGGUACUAGCAACCCUUAG